UCAUCGGACCGGUACCGGCGGCUAAUCCUACACUGUGCGGCGCAGUUCUAUUUCCAGCGCGAGACUAUCAUGAAGGCGUUUAUUGUGUUUUCCGUGGUUCUGGCAGUCGCUGCCAGCACAGCAGUCGAAAGCUCCAACAAGGAUAAGCGUAGCUUGUGGGAACACGAAGUCCAGCAUGAAUCGUUCCAUGAAGCACCGAUCAAGUUCCCGGAGGUUAAACACGUAACGGUUGAAAAGCAGGUUCACGUACCCUACCCGGUGGAAGUGGAGAAGCGUGUCCCGUACGAAGUGAAGGUUCCCUAUCCGGUUGAAGUCGAAAAGAAGGUCCCGGUGAUCGUGGAGAAGAAGGUCUACAUCGAGAAAAAGGUCCCCGUUCACGUAGACCGACCGGUUCCGUACCCAGUCGAGGUGAAGGUUCCGGUUAUCCAGAAGGAGUAUAUCGAAGUGCCAAAACCAUACGCAGUUCAUGUUGAAAAGUCUGUCCCAGUGUACAUUAGCAAGCCAGUGUACGUUGAAAAGCCGGUCCCAGUCACGAUUCACAUCAAGGAGCAUAGCAAAAAGAGCUUCUGGGGUUGAG